AUGAGUUUCAGGUGGGUGACCGUGUCUGGCUCAAGCUUCAACCAAGGAUUAGUUGCCUCUCGGGUUAGCCCCAAACUUUCUUUCAGAUACUUCGGGCCAUAUGAAGUGGAAUCUAAAAUUGAUGUUGUUGCCUACGAGCUGAAACUCCGUCCAGGCUCUUCAGUACAUAAUGUCUUACAUGUUUCACUCCUGAAGCCUGUCAAAGGUACCGGUGCUGUUUCCUUUUCACCAUUACCUGCAGAUAUCCCUCCUGUGCAGACUCCACAUUUGGUCUUGGAUCAUCGGGCCAUUACAAGAAACAACCGUAUCUACCAUCAAUUGUUGAUGAAGUGGGUGGAGUCCCCAGCUGAGAUGGCCACCUGGGAAGAUGAAGACGAUUUGCUCCAGAAGUUCCCGGAGUUCACGGCUUGGGGACAAGCCAUUGCUAAUGGAGGGGGUGACGUCACGGUCCGGCCUACUGACAAGUUGCCAAGCUUGAGAAGCCCAAAGCUGAAGAGGGAGAGGAGGCCUAGUACAAGAUAUGCUGGUUCAGAAUGGGUGACCAGCAGGCCCGUUGCAUCGGCUAUCGUAGUGCAUCCGCCGAGCUCGAAACCGAUGGAAGUCGCGGCCGUGGCGUGCCGCGCGGGGCUGCUCGCGCGGGCCCGUCCAGGCAGCAGGGCGCGCACGCGGGCGUGGGAACACGGCGUUGCCGUCGGCCCCGCCCCGUUCGCCGCUCGAAGAAGGCUGCUCGUCGCGUCGCUCGGGGUCGGGGAGCCACUCCCGGAGCAAUCCCUGGGCGAGGAGGCCGUGGCGCUGGAGGUGGGUGAGGAUGAUGAUCUGGACUCCCUUGUUUAUGCCGAAAACCUCUUGCCUCCCGCUGCUGCUGCUGCUGCUGCUGACGUUCCUGAGGCCAGGACAGUGCGCGUCAAGUUCGUGCUGAGGAAGCAGUGCGCCUUUGGCCAGCAGUUCCUCGUCGUCGGCGACGACGCGGCGCUCGGACUUUGGGAUCCGGCUAAGGCGACCGCCUUGGUUUGGUCAGAAGGCCACGUCUGGACGGCGAACACGGAUUUGCCGGCGAACAGGUCGAUCGAGUUCAAGUUCCUGCUGCGAGAUGCCUCGGGGCAUGUCCGUUGGCAGCAUGGCACUAACAGAACUCUGCAAAUUACUGAAACCCCAAACACCAUGGUUGUCCACGAAGACUGGGAUCACGGCAACAAACAGAAAAUAUCAGAGGAGGAAGAGCUCUCCAUCGGGGAAGAAGAUGUGAUGUUUUCAGAGGAUCUUGCAGGAACAAAUGGCGCAAUGCCGGCAGAUACGGCAGAUAAUCCCCAAAAGCAUCAGAAUCUGGAGACCGACAGGUCGGCUGCGGUGGUUGCAGAUGCUCCUCUGCAGGGGGAAAUGGUAGCAGCAAAUGGAACGGACCAACCACAGCUGAUGGUGGACAAACACCAGACGAUUCUUGAAGAGGUCCCCGGAGAACAAAACGGCACCCCUUCUGCCGAUGAUUAUGCUGGCAAUGGCAACGACAACGACGACACUACCUUGUAUCAGGGAGGUGAUCUGCUGCCGAAUAGGCCGACAAGUAUAUUUGAGAACGACUUGGCCUGGGCCGGGAAAGCCAUGCAGCAGCUGCUCCGGAUCCUCGGUUUCCAGAUCGGCACAACAAGAACAUGA